UUUCGCGAACAGCGAGCUUUCGACUACAUUCUAUCCCAAGUAUUUUUAGUUUGACGUUCAUUUCAUGACAAAAGAUUAAGAAAUCAGAGUGAACAAAAGAGAUGGAAAGAAAAACACGUUGUGACAAGGCUCAGAGCGACAAGUAUACCAUUGGCAAUUCGAAAAAAUUGGGCAGUCAUUCGCUGUCUUCAUCUGGCUAUAGGCAUAUGCUAGCUGCGAAAAAUUUGUCACCUGGAGAAGUGAUACUACGCGAAGAGCCGUUAGCCGUGGGUUCUGAUAUUUGCGACGAGCCAAACAUUUGUUGCUUCGGAUGCAUGCGCUCGUUGUCGGAUUUUCGAAAUGGUAAGCCCCGUUACUGCUGCUCCAAAUGCAACGUUGCGCCUCUGUGUAGCAAGAUUUGCGAGGAUGCAAUUGGGUUUCACGCUGCAAGAGAAUGCAACGUUUUCCGAGAGAAGCAGGCCUCGCUGCUCAACAACUUGAAUCUGCUCGCGCGUGUAUUACUACACUUGCGGCUUUGGCUGUUGAAAGAUGAAGACGAUGGCGUUUGGAACAGCCUUAUGAGCAUGGAAGCGCACCUAAACGAACGCAGAAACACUGCAGUCUGGAAAGAUUGCGAAACUAGGAUAGUUAAUGUCUUCAAGAAGUUCAGCCUCUAUGCACCAACGGAACACAACCAGGAUGAAUCGCUUCAGAAGCUCUGCGGCAUCGUCGACGUCAACACGUUCGAGCUACGCAGCCCAGCCGGCCCCAUUGGGAUUGCGACGGGGAUCACAAAGGGUGGUCUGCGUGGUCUUUUUCGUAGAGCUGCCCUCAUGGCACACUCGUGUCGACCUAACGCUCACAUCAGCGUCGACGAGCAUUUCCGCAUGACCGUGUACGCUGCGCUGCCCCUCACGGCCGGCGAUCUCAUUACCUUCAAUUACACGUCGUCCCUCGUGGGAACUGCAAGCAGGCAAGACCACUUGCAAGUCGGAAAGUAUUUCCGAUGUCAAUGUGAUGCAUGCACAGAUCCACUGGAAAAUGGCACAUAUCUCAGCUGCCUUGUCUGUCCACGUUGUCGAAAGAGCUACGUGGCUAUGCAGAAACCACUGGAUCUGGAUCCUUAUGAUCAAAAAACAAAGUGGGUCUGUCAGAAGUGCAAAAGCAUAUUCUAUGGUUGUUUGAUAAGAACUACUAUUACUCUAGCUAAUCAACUGAUAGAUCAAGUGGACGAAUCAGAUCAGAAGAAAAUGGAAAAGCUAUUGAAAAAAUUAUCACUUACUUUUCACGCAAAUCACUAUCUCAUGUUGUGCUUGAAGCAAAAAAUACUAGCGGUUUACAGAAAUGAAUUGACGAGCAUCAAUCCUCAAAAGAAAACAUUAGAGAAAAUGUUAGCUAUGGAGCGUGAAUUACUCGAGGUUUUAGAAAUCGUUGAACCGGGCAUUUCGAGACUGAAAGGAAUUCUGCUGUAUGAAAUGCACCUUCCAAUUGCAAUUUUAGCAAAACGCGGCUAUACCUCGCGUCAACUAUCGGCUCAAGAAUUAUUGUCCCAAUUGGAGGAUUCUCAUAGCUGUUUGAAGCGCUCGUUAACGAUGUUACUUUUGGAGCCAAUAAAUACGCCGGAAGGCCAGUUGGCCAAGCGUGCAUUGCAGGACCUGAAAAUUGUUGCGCAGAGUGUUGCCGAUGCAAAAGCUUUGUCAGAAAAUAAUACGCGUGACAAAAUACCAAAAAAACAAGUUGCCGCUACGCAUAGUUACUACAUACGGUCGAUAUUAUACCUAGGUACGUAGACGAAAUCAUUUGAAUGUUUCCCGGCAGCUACCUAUGAUUAUGUGCGAGGAGCUAUCUAACUAUCGACCUUAACCACUGUCAGGAGUGUCAGGUCGCAGUUCAUGGGUCAGUCUGUCACUUGGCAGCUUACUAUACAUAAUUGCUUUCAGAUUUCAGUCUGCUUAAUUAAAAACGACGAUGCGUGCACGGCAGUGAUAGUAUAAUUUAACACACAUUAAUUUUGUCAAAAUUCUUUCUAUUUUUUGUUUUAUUUCAAAAAUACCCAAUAUGCGGAGCUGGGAGCCAUUAUUUGUUGAUGUACAGUUAUAAACAUUGACAUGUCUAUUGCAGUUGUAAGCUGAUUUGACUGAAAAUGAUAACACAUCGAUGAGAAUACUUUUCAUUGGUUGAAAUUCUUUUUACUAAAAACCUAAUUU